AUGUCCACUUUUCUCUAUGUACUUACUACAGCUGUUUAUGGCGUCGUUAACUGGCUGUCUUUUGAAGCACUUGUUCUUCCCAAAUGGUUGGUACUGGGUGAUUCGGACACUCAGCGAGUGUAUAAUGAUACACUAACACGUUAUUUUAAUAGGUUGGUCUAUGAAUCUGCUCGGCCAUACAGGGCAACAACGUUCUAUGGUCUAUUCCAGAGCCGGUUGCAUGGGAGGAAGGAAGUACUCGGAGCCGCUAAUGAGCACCCGCUAACAGCAAAAUGCUCUUCGUUAGAAGUUAGUUGCCGUCCCUUUCCGUUGGAAGAGUAUGGUGACUGUGAAGAAGAGUAUUUCUGCGAGACCUGGAAAGCUGCAAGAUUUGGACAAAGGAUGGCAUUUGGUAUCGGUAUUAUAGCUUUCCUUGCCUUUUUCCCGAUAAUAUUUGGAGUGUUCGACAGGGUAAAAGCGUGGCAAUUUCUCUUGUAUCCGGUGUUUGCUCAGUGGUUUCUGCAAGCUUUAGUUUCCAUAUUAAUCAUACAUGAACGCGACAGCUCGAGCACAUUCCAUUACGGCAUUAAGUACGGCAGCGCCUUCUUCUUCAAUAUCAUUUCAUUGGGAGUCGGCUUAAUUGCGUUAUUUCUGUUAGGACUUACUGGGUUUAUUCUUAACCGGCAGAGAGAUGGCUACAUGUCUUUGGGAUGA